ACCACAGGUCUCUUGUUUCCUCCCUGAAGCACACACUCAUUGUCGCAGACUCUGAAAAUCUACUGAAGGCUCCCACCAUUGUGGGGAAAACUCCAUUAAACCCUGUUCUCUUCCGAGGAGUUGGGAUGGUGGCUGAUCCUGAUAACCCUCUGGUACUAGAUAUCUUGACAGGCUCCUCUACAUCUUACUCCUUCUUCCCAGAUAAGCCCAUCACACAGUACCCUCAUGCUGUUGGGAAGAAUACACUUUUGAUUGCUGGUCUCCAGGCCAGGAACAACGCCCGUGUCGUUUUCAGUGGCUCCUUGGAUUUCUUCAGCGAUGCUUUCUUCAACUCUGCUGUGCAGAAAGCUACACCUGGCUCUCAGAGGUACUCUCAGACGGGUAACUACGAGCUCGCUAUUGCCUUGUCCCGCUGGGUAUUCAAGGAAGAGGGUGUGCUGCGGGUUGGAGAGGUAUCUCACCAUCGUGUAGGGGAGAGAUCACCACCUAAUGCCUACACUGUCACCGACCUCGUGGAGUACAACAUUGUGAUUGAAAAGCUCUCUGACGGGAAGUGGGUCCCCUUUGAUGGAGAUGAUAUUCAGCUGGAGUUUGUCCGCAUUGAUCCAUUUGUAAGGACUUUUCUGAAGAAAAAUGGUGGCAGAUACAGUGUGCAGUUCAAGCUGCCGGAUGUCUAUGGAGUGUUUCAGUUUAAAGUGGACUAUAACCGGCUGGGAUACACCCACCUGUAUUCCUCUACACAGGUGUCUGUGCGUCCCCUCCAGCACACACAGUAUGAGCGUUUUAUCCCCUCAGCGUAUCCAUAUUAUGCCAGCGCCUUCUCCAUGAUGAUAGGCCUCUUCAUGUUCAGCAUCGUCUUCUUGCACAUGAAGGAGAAGGAGAAAUCUGACUGAGGUCUCUCAGCAGGAGAAAGAGCCCUCGUCCAAGACAUUGGCUCCAUAUGAAGACUGGCAGCACUCAGGGCACAGAUUAUAAAUGUUUGGGGACUGGAACCCUCAGCUGGUAGGAGCCAGAUGAGCUAUGGGGAUUUUUGAGACUAGAGUGACUAGUGGGAGAGAAAUUGAAAACUUCUAUGUCUGAGAGGAAGCCACUGAUGUCCCCAAGAGAUCAAAAUGUAUGGCAGUGCCAAUAUUUGUUUUUCAGGGUUUUUUCAUGAAACACCAUUUUAUUAUUUCCACCCCUUCUCAGAAAGGCUCUUGCCUCAAGGUUGUUCUCAUUUCCAGAAUAAAGAUUUGUUCCUCUCACCUU